UCUCAAUAGCGCGGAACGCUAUUCCUAUUAGCGCUUUAGAAUUCUCUUAUCCAGACAACACUCGACCAUUCUUCUUCUCUUCUACUUUUUCUUCUCCUCAACAGAAAACAAACCAAAAAAACUCUAAUAAUCACCCCGUUUGAUUUCUCAAACCAUGAUUGAAAUCCUUGAAAUUGAUUCAAAGGGUUUGUUCAUUGCGACAUAAGGAAUCGAAGCACACUUUAAUUUCUCAAUUUGAUUGAGAAUCCAAAGAGAGGUCCCCCAAUACAUCCAUCACGGUAUGCAUAUGACAACGUCUCACAAGCUUUACCUGAAUUUCCAACAAUGGCCUGGUAUACGGAACGUUCAGACAGUCGUGGAAACCGUGUUCGAGUGCCUUUGCAACAACCCGAACCUCCUCCAUUUACGUAUGAUGUUAGUUGGGGAACAAGGGAGCAAUGGAAAGAUCUAGCUUACAAGAUGACUAUGUUAAAUGUCACAAAGGACAAGUAUUGGUUUGAACUAGAUCGUGCACAUGAUCUUGGGGAAUUAAACUACGGAGGGGGAGGAUCAACAUCAACAAGUCAUGAUUUUGGAGAAAGUAGCCAAUAUUUAAGCCGUAAAAGACCAUCCAUAAGUCAUGAUUCCGCAGUUGAUGAUACACAAAAUGAUUAUGUUCCACAGUCACAAGAUGAAGUAGUUCCAAAGUCACAAUUAAUCCAAAUGAUAAAUAAUGGUGGGGUUGGUUUUAAUGUAGAUGAAAUGGCUAGGAUUUUGGGAUUAGAACAUAGUGAUUCGGGAACAUAGAAUGUCUUCUCUUAAAUGAAAUGGAUGGUUGUAAUGUAGAAAAAAGGAUAGUAUUUUCUUUUGUAUGAAUUCGAAAAACUUGUGUUUUAUUUAAUGAAUGUCUUCUCUUUU